GUGAAGUGAAAAUGAGUUUACCCAGCGGCGUUGAUAUGUCUAAUCUGAUGCAACAGCACCCGGUUCUGGGGGCGUUGCCACCAGCAUUCUUCCUACGGGCGGCAUCGGAACGAUAUCAGAGGACACCAAAAUGUGCACGUUGUCGGAAUCAUGGCGUGGUAAGCGCCCUCAAGGGUCACAAACGGUACUGCCGCUGGCGGGAUUGCGUCUGUGCGAAAUGUACUCUUAUCGCCGAGAGGCAACGGGUCAUGGCGGCUCAGGUAAGAAUAAAUGUGGCCCUCCGUCGGCAGCAAGCUCAGGAAGAGAACGAAGUGCGUGAUUUGGGGCUUUUAUAUACCGGCGGAGUGCACAAUGUAGGCCAACCGAUUGCCGAAUCCAAUGGGCAGCCCAAUGUGGGACAGUUUCACACAGGGAUUCCUUCCCCACCGAAUGAUUCCGACGGUGGCAACCGAGGGGGCUACGGAGCAGCUGAUGAAACAGACAAUCCCCGACUCCGACCGGAGCGCAUAAACUCCGCCUAUUCACCCGAGCAGAGCGAACCGGACAGUCCUGGAUCCAAACGGCAGCGAUUGUCGACGGAAACAGAUCAUGACACAGGCUCGGAGUCAUCCCCGAGCAGUCCCCGGCUGAAAGCUGGUCUCUUCUCCCUUCCGAUGAAAUUGUCCCCCACCCGCAAUGGACCACCGAGCUCCCCAGAAUCGGACCUGGAUGUCGAUUCGGCACCGGAUGAUUCUGCGGCACCGGAAAAUCUCAGCCUCAAAAAGGAUAGUACGGCGCAGAACGGAUCACCGGAACGUGGUUCCUCGCCAGUGAAUAAUGGGCACGGAAAUGGAAGCGGAAACACCGCUAGCAAUUUAGGUUUCUUACCAUAUCACCAACAACCGCAGUAUCAGCAUGGGCUGGGCGUAGCGGGCUCGCCCAACCCGUCGCGGUCACCGGUGGAUGUUUUGCUGAGAGUAUUCCCAAACCGCCGUCGAACUGAAGUGGAACAACUGUUACAGCGCUACCGAGGCGAUGUUGUCCAGGCAAUGGAAGCAAUGCUGUGCGGUGACGAUGGCCUUCAUUCCAGCAUGAACAUCCCCACCCCGUCACCACCCUUCUCGGUGAAAUCUGCCUUUUCCCCGUUGAUGCCUCCGGGAGCUUUCGGGGCUCCAGCCGUCAGUCGUGGAUAUUCGUUCCUGCAGGCUCAAGCACACGCCAAGCGCUUCCUCACCGCACCGUACAGUGGCACUGGCUAUCUGCCGACGGUGCUGCAGGAUACCGAACAGCAAGGUGAUGCUGUCAAUGGAAAUUCAUCGGCGGCAAAUGGUUCUUCUUCAUCAUCGACCAGUGCUGGAGGGAACUGCGGCGAUGGACAGGAAUAAUAUACAUUUAUCAAUUUGUAAAAUCUAGACGCAUAAGUACUUUAGAGAGUAGCUGAACAAAAUUAUCAAUAUCGUACUUUUCUUGUGUUGCAGUUGACAUUCGUUUGCAAGAAGCAAAUUUUUCUUGAACUAUUGUGUACAGAAGAGAUGAGAAGUUAUCAAAACAAUCAAAAUAGAACAAAAUGUUUCAAGUUAGGACCUCUAUAUACGUAAGCCAAGUAAAUAGUUCAAUGGUAUGCUUUGGA